AGACAAGGGGAUAGCUUCACGUGCUGUACAGCAUGGUUUCCUUUGCUCAUAUAGUAACUAUGGCAGCGUGACACCAUCGCAUGGGUUGGAUUAGUGACUCUAAAGUUUGGCAGCUGGAAGGCAGUCUGUUUUAAGGAUUGAGUUUUCCUGGUGUCGUAAAAGCUGAAAAGUGAACCCUUAAUUAUAGCAGUUCUUGUUCUUUCUCGAAUUCACCGAGUUGAACUACACAGGAAGCCAAAAAUGAUCGCAUGUCUAACUAUGUGUAAUACUCUAAGACGCUGAAUACCAGCAGCGCCCUCACCCGGAAAAUCUGCGUAGAUCGCAUAAUUUGUGCUGCACGCAACAAUCCAUUCCGUACAAAUCUCAGCUGAUUCUAGAAAGACAAGCACCACGCUCCACGUCUGUGUGUAAACUCGCUUGUGAGAAAGACAGCUUUUGCGACCCGAGUCUCGCGUGCAGGCGUACCAAAAUUGCCGCAAAAACAAGGCUGAAUACUAGACGCUCUUAUUAUAUCGCACAUCCAACUUGUAAAAGAACUCAGGACAAAACCUUACAUUAUCAAGCAAUACACUCGUGCCAGAAAGUGCACUAAUCUCCUUCAGUACAGCCACUACGUCAAUUUCGCGUCGAUCAUGUUGCUUCAACUGGUGGUUGUAUUAAUGGUAUCAAUUGGAGGUAAAGCUGUGUCCAGUGUCAACGCUCAUUCCUCUGACUCUGAUGCCACACGUCGCGAUCAUGUGGUUUUGCCAUCAAUCACCCUAUUCGAAGAUGUCAGUGACAUAGAGGUCGCUAGUGAAGAAGAUGAAUUCAGAACAGCGAGUGGGUUUGAAACAGAUUAUACAACUCCCCUUCCACAUCUGAUGAACGAACUAGUGACAAAUGGCACGAAAGAGCGAUUUUUACGCGUGGAACGACCUCUGGUAAACAUGACCAGAUUCCCUGGUCAAAAAACGAAAUUACUUUGUGCUUUCAGUGGAUAUCCAACGCCGGUUGUUCGUUGGUACAAGAACGAGGCACCACUACAAGAAGAACGAGGAAGAGUUGAUAUAAGGAUCAAAGAUAACGGCAAAGGUCACGUAAGCUCCAGAGUACGUCUCCACUAUCUGGACACAUUAGAUACAGCUUUCUAUAAGUGUGAAGCAAGUAAUGAUUUCAAGACUGUAGAGACAACAGGAAUAUUAAAGGUUAAUGGUGGAAACAUUCGAACGCCAAACAGCAUGCCCGAAUAUCCGCCAGUUUUAGUGCCUCACUUUCCAGCACUAGGUGGAAGUUUUCCUGAUUUGACGGAAGGAGAAGAUGAUGCCACAAGUCUGGGAGUGUGCCAAGUAUAUCGAGGAGCAACCUGUUCUGAAUAUAUCGCAAAUAAGACUGUUUACUUCAAAUCUUUGCGAAGUCAAGGGUUUCUGGAAGAAAAGCUAGCUGCAGCUUUUACUGUCAUUGCCACUCUUCAAGACGUCUCUGCCCAGUGUCAACAUUUUGCCAUUCCCUUUUUCUGUUACUUUGCCUUCCCUCUUUGUGAUGAAAGUUCACUCGCCCCAAAACCACGACAGGUCUGUCGCGACGAGUGCGAAGCGCUGGAAUACAAGAUGUGCAGACUAGAGUAUUUCAAUGCUAAGCGCCAUCCAGUAAUUAGCCAACAAAAUAUUCUUCCUGUAUGUAAAGAUCUGCCACCAAUCGGAUCCAAGGAGAGUCAAAACUGUGUUCGUUUGGGUGUCCCAAACGCUAUGCAAAUUAAUCCCAAACACACUUGUUUUGUUGGAACGGGUGAUGACUACAGAGGAACAGUGUCUUACACCGCCUCUGGGCUCACAUGCCAACACUGGAGUCAGCAAGUAUAUUACCAGUCCUCCGAAUACCCAGAACUGACCGGUGGUCAUAAUUUUUGCCGAAAUCCCGGGAGUACAGAAAGCCAACCUUGGUGUUUUACAAAAGAUUCGCAAACCCACCGAGAACUUUGUGAUAUACCUAAAUGUGUUGAUUACACAUGGUUGUACAUCUUGCUACCAACAAUAGCGAUUGUGGUAUUAUUAGGCUUAACCGUUGGAUUCUGGUGUAUGAAACGACGCUCCAAGCCUCCUCAGACACCCAAGAAGCUUUCGAAUGUGGUGGCCGGGACUCGGCCUAUGAGUCAAUUAGACUCUAACCAAAGGGUGGAAAUGAAUGCGUUGCUGCCAAAGCCUAAGCUAAGAGUUCCAGAGAUUCCAUUGAGCUCUGUUCGUUUUCUCCAACAAUUAGGAGAAGGAGCCUUUGGAAAAGUCUACAGAGGCGAACUAUUAGGGAUUCACGGACCAGGAUCUUCUACUUCUGUGACUAUUAAGACUCUUAAAGAAAAUGAAAGUUUUAAAAUGCGGCAGGAUUUCUGGCAAGACGCCGAAAUAAUGUCAGGACUUCGCCAUCCCAACAUUGUUUGUUUACUGGGAGUCUGUUUCCAAGAAGAUCCACUGUGUAUGUUGUUUGAGUACAUGUCAGGAAGUGACCUACGUGAGUAUUUGGUCUCACGCUCUCCCCACGCUGACCCUUCUGUAAGCGGAGAAGAAAACACCCAACAAAUUUUGGAACUUCCUGACUUAUUUAACAUUAUGCGCCAGGUGGCGUGUGGGAUGGAGUUUCUGUCCGGACAUCAUUAUGUUCACCGGGACUUAGCCACCCGCAAUUGUCUUAUUGACGAAAGUCUUACAGUAAAGAUUUCAGAUUUUGGCCGUUUUCGAGACAUCUAUUCUGCUGAUUAUUACCGAAUUCAGUCAAAAUCAUUACUUCCUAUACGAUGGAUGUCUCCGGAAUCCAUUCUCUAUGGAAAGUUUUCCACUGAAUGUGAUGUGUGGUCCUUCGGAGUUGUGAUGUGGGAGGUGUUCAGUUUCGGUCUUCAACCCUACUAUGGUUACAAUAAUCAAGAAGUAAUCGACAUGAUUCGCUCAAGGCAACUCCUACCCUGUCCAGAAGUAUGUCCACCGCACAUGUACGCCAUGAUGGUAGAAUGUUGGCAUGAGAUUCCUACACGUAGACCAUCCUUUCGUGAGCUCCACGGUCGAUUGUGUUCGUGGCAGGCAAUGCACGCUCGGACCCUUAGCCUAGCCCAUUCAGCCAGCACUCACAAUGGGAGUCAACACAGUAGCACAGGCCCUAGUAACAAUACAGGUUCCACCAAUUUAAGCAGUAACCUUGGUAAUGUGCCAGGCCAAAACAGUGCUCAACCUCCACACAGAGUCGGUCUCAGUUCUAAACACGGCUUCAGCUCCGGGAGGGAUUGUUUGCCAGCAUACCUGCAACCUAAGCUCGGGGUACAACAUUCAAAACCUGUUACGUCAUCAUCUCCAUUCAUUACUUCAUAUGUAACUGGUCAAGAUGGGAAAGUGUCGAACGUUUAAGAGUUAAUCUGUCUAAAUCUUUUAACUUUCUAGGUUUGGGCUUACGCUAACCAUAAAAAAAGGACGGAGAGAAAGAUCUGGCAGUCACAACAACAAUGUACUAAUUACCGGAAGUUGUCUGUGCCUUGUCUUACGUUUCCAUACACUGCUCACUUCCGGUUAUCGGCAGUUUAUUGUAGAUCUCCCAAGAGGAACAGAUUUGGCUAGGUCGACUGGCUAGGUAAGAGUUUAUGUCUGGACACGAGCUUAUAUAAGUGGUCAUAGAUCAUGCCCAAGUUAAAAACAAUACAAAAGUGUAUAAGAGCUAAGAAUGUCCCUAUGUGUAUAGAUAUAUCCCUAUUAGACUUUUACUUUAAGAAAGCUAAUAUAUUGAAAUGGUUUUUGAGAGUAAUGCCGUCGUUUUCAUUUAUAAAUUUAAAUAAAGGAGACAUGAAUCACUGUAAAUAAACCAAGACUACAAAUUCGGUGGCAUAUAUAUAUUGUGAAAAGAAGAGGUCCGUUUAUAAAAGAUUAAAGGGGCUGCGGCUUGAAAUGUUCUCCAAUCAUGCGGACGAUGGAGGUACUGCUUUCACAACUGAAAUCAAAAUCAAUCCAAGACAUUAUAAAAAAAAUGAGUGUCGGAUAAACUAAUGUUCGAUCAUUUGCCUGUUUCUUUUAAUUUUAUUACAAAUAAUGGUAAAACAUAAACUAGAAAUCUGAUCAAUAGCUGCAGUUGUGAACUAAUAUAAGGAAUGCAAAAGAAUAAUUUGUAUGAACUGUUUCAUCUCAUAAUUUGUAUUGAUAAUCCAAAUUCUAAAUAUUCUAACUGCCCAAUUUUACUGUAGUAUAUGAAAAAAAAAAGAUUCUACUCUAUUUCAAAAUUGUAUUUUUAUAAUGCCAUUUUGUUGUGACGUUAAAAUCCGAUUAGCCAAGUCAACUGCAAAAGUAUCCCCUAGUGCACUGUGUUCUCAGGAUUGAAAUAUAUUAUCCUGAAAUAAACAGUGUGUUAGAUAUCUAUUACUGGGUGUUGUGUACGCCUGAACUGUUUUGUUUUCUUAAAACAGUUUGAAUAACAACUGUAGAAGACUCCAGCGAUAAGAUAUGUAAAGUUUGUUAAGUCAAUCGGUAAAAGAGUAAACUGGACAAAUAACAUCUACUUGGUACAGCUAUUACCAGAACUGAACAGUGCAAGGAAAGUACGUCUGUAUCAAUUACAGUAGUAGAUUUACAGUGAAGAAAACAAGUAAUGAUUUAACAUUUUUAAAGCCUCACAGUAUCUAGAAGUCUGAGGAGUUAUAACGCUAAAAAUAUGUUUUUUAUACCUGCGAUGGGCAGAGCCCAGCAAGCCCAUUGUGUAGCUUUGUACUUUAUAACAAACCAUAUUAUAAAAAUAUUCUGUUUCGACACUCUUUAAUCAGGUAAUAUUCUAAUUGCUUACCCUGGUGCCUUGAUGGACAUGUGGUAAGUUUGCGGGCUUAUAUUACUAAAACCCACGUUUCGAUUCCCCGCUGUGGACAAAGAGAGAUAACCCUUUACUUAGCUUUGUGCUAAAAAUGCAAAACAACAACAAAAAACGUCGGUGUGUAAACGUUAAGUUUACGGACUUACAACACUAAAAUUCUGGGUUAGAUUCCCUGCUCUGGACAAGAUGCAGAUAACCCAUUGUGUAGCUUUGCGCUAAAAACUACCACAAUAACAGAUGCUUAUGCUGUAUUUAUGUACUAAGCCCGAGAAUAGGGUAAUUUUCCAGCGACAGGUGGCAGCACGAAACACGCUUGUUUGUCAGAGAAUAUAAUGUCGAUCUUCCAAUAUUUUUAGAACUAAUAAUAACAAUAAUAAUAAACAAUGGAGGUACACAGUUGCCCUUGAGAAAAUAAAUAUUAUACAAUGCUUCAUAUGUCAACAAAAAUUAUUUCAACUCACAUUUUAGCCAUAAACAACAAAACAGCGUUACGUAUUGCAACAUUGUAGAACUUGUGAAGGCUUACUACUUACUCCUGGCAAUUAUGUAGUGUAAAGACCCGUGUUAGUGUGAUGAACAUUUGUUUAUGUUAAACUCAACACUGAAUUAAAUUAUACCAAUUUUGUUGUUUUUGUUUCGGUAUACGUAAUAGUGCAAUGUAAACAAUGUGUAAAAAAAUCAUUCUCGAACAACUUGGGUCCGCACCAUAAAGCCCACCAGUGGCACAGCGGUAAGUUUGCGGACUUAUAACGCUAGAAACCGGGUUUCCAUACCCGUGGUGAGUAUAGUACAGGUAGCUCAAAUACAGACAAAAAAACCGCUCUAUAAAAACAAAUUAACAGAAUACAAUAGGUUAAAAGAGAGGACUGAGAAACAAAAACGCUGGAAGAGAAGAGUGUUUUAUACAUAUAUAUAUUGAAGGGAUGGAACGAAAAGGAAUAUUUAAUAAUACUAAAUAUAGUCAAGCCGUAUCUGUAUUAGUUGUUUUCUUAAAAAACUUGUAGGUUAAGACGACAAUGAAGUAAGCAAAGUCAAGGGAAUGAGAGGGUCUCGCUCACAAAGAAAUGUUAUGUUGGAAGGCUGUCUUGGAAGUAUGUUCUUGCAACUAACAAUAUUUAAUAUAGAGCUGGAAAGUUCUGGUAUAUCUUUUCUUCUUCUGUAUACAUACAAAGUAAGUGUUACAACUGCUUACACGUCAGUCGUUUCAUCCUUGCACCUGUUACUGAAUAUCUAGGAUUUGCUUAUACGGUGGUUAGUUCUACAUUAACGUUUAAGCAAAAAGUUAAAUCUACGUCCACCCUGUACUUGAGUGUAUGUUUGCGUGUGUGUGUGUGUGUGUAUAGGAAACUAGAGAAAAGUGUCAUAUUUAGUUUUUAUGUACUAGUUUUUAGCUUUACCUUUAUACUAGCUUUGCGUGCGCCCAAACUAAGAUGUUAAACUAUGACUGUUGAUAUAUUCUAGAAUUAAAUGUUAUGGCUAGUCAGACUCAAGUUAUCAAACCAAAGUGUGUGAACAGGUGGAUAAGAAAAAAUAUAUUUAAUGCUCUAUUUCCAGGACCAAUUACGUAUUAAUGCCCUAUUUCCAGGACCAGUUACGUAUCUUUUAUAUCUAAGACUUUGAAAUUUGAAGUCAAGUAAUGAUAACAGUUACGAAAAUGAUCGCGUGUAGUUUUGUGAGUUAUGUUUGAAAAUAAAGUAUUUCCUAUCACACGAAGUGUGUAAUCAUAUCUAUGCCUUCCAGUCACGGCCUAAAGCCUACUAGGUGCUUGAACACUAAAGAAAGUUUUUAAGGUUCAUCAUUCUCUAGCACUUUACACUAACCGAUGUGAGGCCAAUGGCUUCAAAACAAAGUUUGAAUAUGAAAGGGAGAAUGUUUCCAAACAUUUUUUAAUACCUCAAAUGAACUAUACUUUUUCCACCUUUACGCCUUUGUUUUAAAAGGAUACGUGCUGCCAUCUAUGUUAUACUAUAUUCAGCAAUAGUGUUUUAAAAUUAUUUAUAUUUUUAUAGACUACUUGGGGCCAAGUGCUAAUCUAAAUUACUAUUGAAAUUACUAACUCCUUAAAAUAAGUUGUUUUUUUACCUAAUUUGAGUUUAAUUGAAAAAAAUGUUUCUGAGGCGUAACUAAACCCAUCAGUGGAUUACGUGAUCUGAUUGUUGUUUGGGGCCUCGCGCUUCCUUGGUCCAGCACUGAUCAUCUUCCAUAUUUGAACUCUCAUUUUUAACAUUAGUUUUAAACAAAUUUCAAGAUGAAAUCUGAUUUCUUUAUUCGGAGUCCAAAUAAAGAUUAACGGUUUCACAAUAAAAGAAAGUAAAGGACUACUUGUUUCGCAUUGAUCCAAACAAAGAACUUAAGUCACUGUUGCAGUUGCUUUAUUUAUAACUUAUAAAUCUCAUUUGAACUUCGGUUAAAUUUUUUAUAGGGCAUCCUGUUAAUGGACUUUGUAAUCUAUAACGGUUUCACGCUUGUUAGAGCCAGCACUUUAGAGUUUUUAUAUGUCAGCUUAAGAUUUUAUUAUUGGUUUGAAACAUAAACGAGGUAAAAUUUAGUUUUUCGUUUCUAAUUCAAACUCAUAGUUAACUGU